AUACAAAGAAGGGGGGGGGGGCUUUUGGAGGAGCAUCAAGAAUUUGCCUUUUAAGGGGUACAGUCUCACUCUUCCAAGCCUUGUGAGCUCUUGCGCAGCAGCCAAAACACUCAAGGGAGAAGAAAUAAACAACAGCAAAGAGACCAAGAGGGAAAGAAACAUGAGUAAUGCUAAUAUUUUUCACACCCUGUAGCAAUAUUAAAAAUGCAGGGAGACUCAUUGUGUUGAAAUUUUGACAUUUUUCUUUCACUAUUAAGACAUAAAUCAUCUAAACAAUGACGAGGAUGCAUCUGACAUUCCUGCUUACAGCCCCUCGCAUCCUUUGUUACAUGUUAGGUGAAAGAGACCUUGUUUACAGGCUGUUGCAUUGUAAACAAGGGGAGGCUCAGUCCAGGCUGAAUCACUGGCUCACCAAGGAUCCCAACAGCUGCCGUCACUGUUGUGGUUUCUUGGUUGUUUUCUAGACAAUACCAACAAUGAGUUGCCUGAGCCGAGGAGAGACUGCCUGUAUCUGGAAGCAGGAAACAGAGGGGAGCUGAGGAGGAGAGAUGGGUGGGGGUGAGAACAGAGAGGUAAUUGUAUAUGUAAGAGUGAGGCAACCUAGUAGACGGGUAGAAGCAAGAGGAAAGGGAGAAGGAAGGCAGAGGCGUGUUCCUGGGAUGGGAGGAUUGCAAAAGAAGACGAAAAGGAGAGAAAAGGGUGAAGACAGGCUACAGCUUUACUGGACUGGAAGAUGAAUCCUUGAGCAUCGGCAUUUGAGCCAAGGGUCACGUGAAGGAAUAAGUAAAGUUGGGAAACUAAGUGAGUUUAAGAAAGUUGGGGUGUGAAACAAAGAGGAGCAGUGAGAGGGGGGCGGGGGAGGCAGAAAAAUGGGGAGUCCACAUGUGUGACUGCUGCGGAGCCGAGUUGGAAAGAGAGGUGUUUUUAAAGUGUGCGUAGAAAGGAGAGGAGGGGGGGAGGCAGUGAGAGAGUAUAUCCUCCCCUCUGUCCCCGUAACAGCGAGGCUGAACGAGAGCCAGGAAAAGGGGAAGGGCCUCCCUCUCCUCCUUUCCAGCUGACAAAAACAGCUGCCCAGGAGCCCGGGCUGGAGCCUGUUUAGAGGACGAGGGGAAGAGGACAGAGGGACAGAGAGGAGGGAGGACAGAAGGAGAGAAGAGAGAGAGAGAGAGAGAGCAAGAGGAGGAGGAAAAAGUCCCCAAGUCCAGGACCCGUCCACCUAUAUGGGUUGCGUCCUGAGUUCGGACUGGUGCGGGGAGCAAGAGGUGCAACCAGUGCCGGUGGUCAGAAAAACAUCUGUGAAGAGAAGGAGUGUGGAGAGGAGUGACAGUGGCAGGAUGAGGCUGACAAAGGCGGGGAAGGGAGAGCCCCAUAUCUUUAAGGAAAAGACCUUCAAGAAGAAGCGGCAGUGCAGCGUGUGUCGCCAGAACGUCGACAACGUAGGCUCCUUCUGCAGAGUAUGCAAGACGGCCACCCACAGGAAAUGCGAGGCCAAGGUGACCUCGGCGUGCAUCCCAGCUCCCUCCAAUGAUCUGCAGCGUAGAGGGACCGCUCCUUCUCGACACAUCCAACACCUGGGGUCCACCAAGUCUCUGACCUAUACCAAACAGAGAAACACCCUACCAAGGAGCUUCAGUGUGGACCGUGUGAUGGAGAGAGUGAUGGAGCGCCAUUACGACUUUGACCUGACUUACAUCACAGAGAGGAUCAUCUCUGUCUUCUUCCCCCCAAAGCUGGAAGAGCAGCGAUACCGGAUCAACCUGAAGGAGGUGGCAGCCAUGCUCAAGUCCAAACAUCAAGACAAAUUCCUGCUCUUGAAUCUCUCCGAAAGGCGCCACGAUAUCACCCGAUUAAAUCCAAAGGUUCAUGACUUUGGCUGGCCCGACCUCCACGCCCCACCGCUGGAUAAGAUCUGUGCCAUAUGUAAGGCCAUGGAGACAUGGCUGACCUCUGACCCCCAGCACGUGGUGGUCCUGCACUGCAAGGGCAACAAAGGUAAAACAGGCGUGAUCAUUGCAGCCUACAUGCACUACAGCAAGAUCUCUGCAGGGGCGGACCAGGCUCUCAGUACUCUCGCCAUGAGGAAGUUCUGUGAAGAUAAGGUGUCCUCUUCCCUCCAGCCGUCCCAAAACAGGUAUAUCUAUUACUUUGGGGGCCUUCUGUCUGGGGCGAUCAAGAUGAACAGCAGCCCACUUUUCCUCCACCAAGUUCUCAUCCCGUCACUCCCCAACUUCCAGGGUGAAGGAGGUUACUACCCUUUCCUGAAGAUCUACCAGUCCAUGCAGUUGGUCUACACUUCAGGCAUAUAUGACCUUCAAGGCACUGGAGGAAGGCGACUGUGUGUGACCAUUGAACCAGCACUGCUGCUGAAGGGUGACAUCAUGGUAAAAUGCUACCACAGGCAAGCCCAGAGUGCUGACAGAGACACGGUGUUCAGGCUGCAGUUCCACACCUGCACCAUCCACGGAUCUCAGCUCUGGUUUGGCAAAGGGGAGCUGGAUGAAGCUUGUACUGAUGAGCGUUUUCCAUCUGACGCUACAGUAGAGUUUGUCUUUUCCUCCGGACCUGAGAAGAUCAAAGGCCGCGAGUACCAGAAGAACGACCCAGCUGUCACAGUAGACUACAACACUGCUGACCCAGUGGUUCGCUGGGAUUCCUAUGAGAACUUUAACCAGCGAUACCAAGACAGCCUUGAGGAUAUUGCCCACACCAGAGGUCCUCUAGAUGGCAGUCUCUAUGCUCAGAUAAAGAAACGCCGGGGUCCCGGCUCAGGUUCUCUCACCUCAACCAAUGGCAGCAGCCCCGGGCCAGGCCUUGCAGAAGAUAGGCCUGAUCAUGUCAUCUCUCACCAUUCUGACUCCGCCCUCUCAGCCCAUUCCAGCCUUUUAAACCAAUCAUCACACCAUUCUGACCGCCAGGAGGAGCCCGUUCGUCCGCCACCUCCAACCAGACAGGAACGAGAGGAGCUUGAACGCCUUCUCGGAGGCAUAGAGGGAAACCGGGAUGGAGAGCGGGAGACUGCCAUCUUGGAUGAUGGCGAUUCCUUGCCCUCAGAGCGAACUGGGACACUGAGGCUCAGUCGGUCAUGUUCCUGCCGGGAUGGUUAUCGGUCCCAACGCUGUGCUGAGCCUGGCUGUGACCGCACCCUCCUCAUGCCUAAUGGUUACUGCCUCGAUCGGGCUCCCGGCACCAAUGGGCACCACGGGGCAACCCCUUCUGCCAGCCCCAACUCAGCUGCUCCUCCAUCACAUAUGGAUCUGUGCCAGCACUACAACCCCCACCAGUCCCUUCCACCUCCAGAUCUGGUGUGGGACCGCCAGAGUGGCCCGCAACACCACAUGCACCGCUCCUGCUCAGAGGCUCCCUCAUCUCGCCAUCUCUGCCCCUACCCAUCGCCAGACCUUACCCCUCACUCUCACAACCACCCCCACCACCACUCUCUGUCUGCAUCAGGUCGCCUCUGCUGUCGAGAGGACGACUACGGCCCCUACCACCACCCUCCUCCACCUCACAGCCACCACCAUCCCCACCCACACCACCCCAAACCGUCCACCAGCCCAACAUACCAUGACAUAAUGCUAAUGGAUGGUAUGCCGCCCGCUGGCUGCCCUUGUCGGGACUGCAGCAUCAGGAGGGAAGACUCAGCAGCCUAUCACAGCCUGAGGCUGGACCGAGGCGACAGCUUCCACUGGGACAGAGAGGCAGAGCUUCAACAGAGGGAGCUGGGGCUUAGGAGAGCCAGGGAGCCAGAGAUACCCAGAGGAGGGUCAGAGCUUCACUGGGAGAGGGAUCCUGGACUGAGGCGAGGCAGAGAAUUGUCCCUCCACUGGGAGCGAGACAGGGAGGCUGAGCUGCAGUGGGAGAGGGAGAGAGAGGCUGAAUAUUGGCACAGAAGGGCCACUGUAGCCUCCUACGGCCCACACGGUCAUGAUCUCCCAGCCUUCACCUUCGACCCCUUGCCAUCAGGUCAUCCAGCUUAUCCAGAGGCGUCGAGGUCCCAUGCUCAUUCCCACUUGGACCUAAAAUACAGCAGCAGCAGCAGCGGUUACCAAACGCCUCGCCAGGUGUGCCCCUGCUCACCUUACCAGCCCUCGCCGUCUGAAAGCAGGGGCUACGCCUCGGGCUACCAGUCUGAGUCCACAUCCCCACUGCCCCCUGCUUCCUCCAUGACGGGGCCCUGCAGUCAUAGCAAUGGACCUGCCGAGCAUAACCAUAACCACCACCAUCACCACCCUGACUCUCAGCAGUCAUACAGCUCUGACUCACACACUGAUGGCCUUCGUAGCUCUGGUGAAAGUAUGGGCUGGAGGGAUCACAUUACCCAUGGUUCCUUUAAGAGGGUCCACAGAGAGGGCCAUGGCGCAUGCUCUACGCCAUCUGACAUGUCUGGACCACCCACUCCCGUGCACACCAGCAGCCCUCUACGUACACAGGAAAGUCCCAGUCCAGGAGGGAGAGAGUAUGAGAUCCGGACCACAGACAUCAUCAGCAGUGACUAUGAGGCAUCCCAGCCCCAGGAUGGACACUACCGUGCAGAUAAUAUCGUCCAGGAAAGCCAAAGAAGCAACACAGACCCGUCAUCCCUGCCGCAGGCCGCCAAAAACACACAGCCACACACAACCACACCUGUUCAAACAGAACCCCACAACCACUGCACUGCACCAACAGACCCGUCCCCUGCCACGCCCCAACAGCAGCACUGUAGCUCAGAUGCACCCUCACCUUUGUCAACGCAGAACACUUCUUCUUUUGACUCUGUGACACCAACCACAUCAAACCAGGGACACUGCCAGGCCCCUUCAUCCCCCGUCCAUACUUCUUCUGUGCCAGAUACACACCCCCAACCCUGCCCUCUCACUAUGCAGACUCCCCAUCCUUCAGAGGCUGCUGCUCUGCCUUCCAGUGUGACACAAGCAGUGUCCCAGCCUCAGAGCCAGAGCCAGGCCAUCGGCUCUGUAGGACCGACCGCAGCGCAGGUCAACGGAUCUUCUCACCCAGAAGUCCCAAAACCCACCCCCAACUCCACAGCUGCCCUUGCAUCUCCUGCCACAGCUUCAUCGUCAUCCCCUCAGCCCACAUCCAGCAGCAUGGAGGGCUCCCCCAUCUCUGAUGCCCCUGUUCCCGGCUUUGCCACCUUGGGCAGGAGGUUGAUGUUGGGCGGGUCAGAUCCUCACCAUCCGAACCACAUCCAGCAACAGGGACCCCCACAUCACCACUACCCAGGCAUGGAGGGACACGCUCCUGCUCUGGACACUAACAAGAAGCACUGCUACACGGCACACACCCCGCAGCUCCACCAGUCCUCCUUUUCCAACUACUCCACCAUCUCCAUACCCCUUCCUCAUCCACAGCCGCCUUUGCCGGAGAAGCGUCACCCACCCGCCCAGCAAGAUUCAGCCAACGAUGGGGUGGGGACUCUGAGGCCAGCCAUGGGCCAUGUGCCUCCUACCUCCACCACCAGCACCACCCAGCAUCAGCACCAUGUCACAUUCUCUCCCACAGUGGGGGAAAUUGCGCCCCCUGCAGGCCAAAAUGAUGUAGUGUCAUCGGUGGAGGCUGAAAAUAGGGUCAGUGUGAAGUUUGUCCAGGACAGUUCAAAGUUCUGGUACAAGCCUGGCAUCUCCAGAGAGCAAGCAAUUGCAGCUCUGAAGGAAAGAGAGCCAGGAACCUUCCUGAUCAGGGACAGUAACUCUUUCCAGGGGGCCUACGGUCUGGCACUGAAGGUGGCUACACCUCCUCCCAAUGUCAACAACCACAGCAGCAAAGUGAGCGACCCUCUGGAACAGCUGGUCAGACAUUUCCUCAUAGAAACAGGCCCUCGCGGAGUUAAGAUUAAAGGAUGUCAGAAUGAGCCUUACUUUGGGAGUCUGUCUGCAUUAGUCUACCAACACUCCAUCACACCCAUCUCUUUGCCUUGCGCUCUGAAGAUCACAGAAAAAGAUCUGAUAGGAGAGGUGCAGGAAGUUCAACCAGUGAGCAACAUCAGCACGGCUGCUGACCUGCUGAAACAAGGAGCAGCCUGUAAUGUCCUCUACCUGAACUCUGUGGAAACUGAGUCUCUGACCGGCCCCCAGGCCAUCGCCAAGGCAACAGACGCUACCCUGGGUCGUAACCCGCGCCCCGCCGCCACUGUGGUUCAGUUCAAGGUGACAUCGCAGGGCAUCACGCUGACCGACAGCCAGCGCAGGGUUUUCUUCAGGAGACAUUACCCAGUGAACAGCGUAACCUUCAGCAGCAUCGACCCUAAGGACAGGAGGUGGACUAACACAGACAACACCACUGUUAAGGUGUUUGGUUUCGUGGCCAAGAAGCCGGGCAGCUUGGCAGAAAACGUUUGCCACCUGUUUGCCGAGCUGGACCCCGAACAACCUGCCUCUGCCAUCGUCAACUUUAUCAACAAGGUCAUGUUGUCACAACGCCGAUAGAUGGGGACAAAGACAGGAAACCAAACUCAGAGCAUACAAGCAGUGGCAUGCAGCAUAUAGUGACAAGGCAUUUACUGUACAUGAAUGCACCUGUGUGUGCUGGUGCUUGUUUUUCUGACUUUGGGCAACAACACAAAUUUUAUAAUUUACUUGUUAGGAAUUACUGCUCCAGCAGUCCCCCUUUUCCUAAAUGUUUGGUUGAAAAUAUUACAGUACAUUUCAGUUUUAUAUUUAAGUAUUGUUGGAUGAAAAAGACUAAAUAAAACACAGUGUACAGACAAAGCCAUGACAUAAAAUGUUACAACUCCUCCAAGGAUGAGGAGGCUUCAGGAGAAAAUUCAACAAUCCAUCUUCUACAUCUGCCAUGGACCUGUAUCAUGAAGCUGGUUCACUUUAAACCGAGGUAGAUCACCAUGGUAACCUAUGCUGUAAAGCUAACGUGCUUUGGAGCAGAUUCAGUUCAGACGAUCAAAUCAAAAGCCAUCAACAAUACGCCCACUGGGAAAAUUGAGUAAACAUUUGUAUAAGAUCCAGACAUGGACAAAAAGUACCGACUUUACAAGUGACAAGUAUGAAAGAGCAGUAGAGACAUUUUUAUAGAUCAGUAGAAUCACUUUAUCUGCCACAAUAAUUAUAUCAGAAAUAGAGGAAACAUUUUUGUGUCCAUUCCGAGUUUAAAACUACACACUAACAGACUAACAGCUUCAGUUUCAUAUUAAUAUCUCAUGCUGUUAAUUAGCACAGUAAAUUAUAAGUGGAAUGUUUCAGUCAGAUAGACGUUAUCAGGGAUUUAUCUAUUUGGUUCCUUUUCUUUCAGCAGCCUCUCAUUUUUUUCUGGUCGUAUGAUAAGAAUUGAUCUUUUACCUCAUUGAACAUGAUUUUUUUCUGGUAAUACCUACUUUCCUUGCAGGUAGGUGGAUAGGAAAAUCCAGAGUUGCUAAGCAGCUUCGUGACACCAGUAAUCCAGGGUCACCGAUGUGAGGCUCAUUGAAGCCAUGUAGCUCAAAGAAAGCAACACUAAGCCGAACUUGCUUCAUGAUACAGGCUCCUGGUUAAAUGAUGGUUAAAUGCAGCUUUUCAUCCUCUUGGUCAGACUGGUGUCCAGUUGAACAAUGAUAGAAAUACUGAAAGGAGCCUUACGGACACACAGAGCAGGCUGUGUGGAGCGCUUACAAAGAGGAUCUUUCCUUGCACUGUUUCAGGGCAGCAAAGCCCUACAGGUUCAACAUUUCACACAUAAUAACUGCCUUAAAAAAACAAAAAAACAAAAAAAAAACAGCAGGUGUUUAUAUUUUGUGUUGUUACAAAAUGCCUUAUUUUUCUUUGUUAAAAAGUGACCAAAGCCCUGAUGAUGUAAUUUAGUUUCUAUAUGUAGAGGUGUUCAGGUAUUCAGAUGUAUGUACAGCAUAUUUACAGCCACUCUGCAGCACCUUUACCAGUGUAACAUACAACACAUUUAAUCACAAUUGACAAUCAUGGGUUGUUUUUUUUUUUCCGUUCACACUUUAAUAAUCAGAGCGAGCGAGAGAAAUAACUCUCUAAUGAAAGUAAAAACGAAUGUGAGGUUUUUAACUUUAACCGCUGUGUGUGUGUGAGAGGGAGAGGCGUGUGUGUGUGCGUGUGUUUUGAAGGUUUUGGUGUGUUGAGGGUAAUCAGGUAAAUAUGUCAGGUAGAGUAUCGUUACGUCCGCUCUUAAAGAAACGUAAGUGAAACGGGGAAAAAGCUAGACGAGGAAGGGCGUACAGUGUUAAAGCGCACCAUUGCCGUGAAAUGUUUGGUGUUCGUUCACUGAGUCACACUUUGUGACCACAUUAUUAUUCACAUGCACACAUCAGUGUAGAACUGUCACGUAUCGAUGUAUCAAGUUAACAAGAGACACACACAAGCAAAGCAGUGGCUCAAAGACAGACGUACUUAACCAAAGACGAAGCACUCUUGUAUUAAUAAGCUUUUUAUCCAGCUAUAUUUUUGUACUUAUUGCUUCUUGUAUUUUUACUACGCAUUUAUUUAGUGUGUUGCCUUGUUUGGUAAAACCUAGAAAAACACUACUUGUAUUACAGCGAUAAUAUAUUGUGGUCUGUUUUCUUGUUGAUCUCUAUAUUAUGUAGUAAUAUAUUUUCACAUGCAGCUAUAGGAACGCGUAUGAGACAUAAAAAGGAAACAUUUGUUUUGAAAAGGAUAUUAUGCUAUUUUGUAUGCAAAAAUGAAGAAUAGAAUUAAACUGAAAUGAUGUGGUACCUAAAA